AUGAAGUAUUAUGUAUUCAUCAAUUUACGUGGGAAAAGCAAAGAUAUAAUAGCCAUUAACAGAAAUGUAAUAUAUAUUUUCAAAAUAUUCGGUACAAAUAGAUACAUGAACAUCUCUAUAAUAAUCUCUGAUUAUAUCACGCAAGUUUCAUUUACCUCUAUUAAAUACAAGCAAAUUGUUAUAACAUUAAAAAGUGAAUAUAAAAUAUAUAAACCAAUACGAGUAUAA